AUGGCCCAAACCAAGGAUAUCACCCUCCUUCACUUUAACGACGUGUACCACAUAUCCGACGCUGAACGGGUUGCACGCUUCGCAUCCAUCCUGGCCAAUCCACGAUACCUCGCUCGUGAUGUCUCUGCCCCUGAUCACCAGCUUCGACUAUUCAGCGGCGACGCUUUCUCCCCAUCUCUAGAGGCAUCCGUCCUUCGUGGUGAGCAUAUACCGACGAUUCUCAAUGCCAUGAACAUUGAUGUCGCUUGCUAUGGGAACCAUGACUUCGAUUUUGGCGAAGACCGCCUAGUUGCGCUAUCCAAAAUCACCAAGUUUCCCUGGCUGCUCACGAAUGUGCUACGGAAGGACUCGCAGUCAACUCAAGGGGGAGAUGAUAAGUUGUUAGCCCUGGCACAUAAACAUAUCAUCCGAGAGGUGGGUGGGCUGAAGGUUGGAUUCAUCGGUUUGGCUGGAACCUGCACCAUAUGCGACCCUGCCAGUGUGGCCCGAACCACAGCAAGAUAUCUGCGGGAGUCGAAAAAAUGCGACCUUGUUAUAGCGUUGACCCAUAUGCGGCUGGCAGAGGACAUUGCAGUCUCGCGGAAUACCAAAACUGGUAGUGGAAGGAUUGAUUUGAUACUCGGUGGCCAUGAUCACGACAUCGUUCAAAGAUCUUCCACGGACUCCAAUAAUGACCCGAGGGCCCACCACCAGGGCUCUACUCCUGAUAGUGCUACCGGAAUACUCUGCACAGAAGGCAAUAUACGCAUUAUCAAGAGCGGAACUGACUGGAAUGGCCUGUCGGUGCUGCGUCUCACUGUUUCUAAACAAGCUGACGGCAAGUCUUCUAUAUCAGAGUCAAAACUAUAUCAGGUUGCAGACCUGAAGUCCCUGCCGAACUAUGCGAAUAUACCACCAUGCCCCAUAACCAUGAAGGCUAUAACAGACGUGCAAACAAAAAUAGCCAAACUGGUAGAAAAGCCACUCGUCAUAACUGCUAUCCCCCUUGAAGGAAGAUCUCGGGUCGUCCGCAGCCGAGAGUCCAAUCUCGGGAACAUGCUCGCAGAUGUGGUACGUUCCUUUUACAACACGGACAUUGCCUUCAUCAACAGCGGAGCUAUCCGCUGUGACAGGAUCAUUGACCCAGGGAGAGACGAACCUUUACAGAUCCGGGAUAUCAUUGACAUUAGUCCAUUUGAUAACGCAUUCGUUAUUAAACGUGUCAGCGGCCAUGUUCUUGCAGCAGUUCUGGAAAAUUCGGUAUCUGAUGCCCAUACUGAUGGUCGCUUUUUGCAUGUAUCAGGGCUUACCAUGGCGGUAGACUGGAGUCGUCCGGAGGGACAGAGGGUAGGGGAUAUUCUCUAUGUUCCAAAGCAUGGAAUACGGCGUGCUGUAUUGUCCAGGGAUAUGUAUACGGUAGCCAUGGUGGACUUUAUAGCAUCAGGGUUUGAUGGGUAUUCUUGCUUUCGGGAUUGUGAGACACUACUUGACGCUGAGGGCUCGGUGACGGACACGAAUCUCUUGCUGCAAGUGUUCGAAGCAGAUGGUCGUGGAGACAAAGUGAAUCUCAACAACAUGGGCAAACCUCGGUCAUUAUACAUAUUUGGCUAUUUCUCUUAG